GUGGACAUGUCCAAGGUGAAACUGGAUGUGCUGAAGCCAUGGAUCACCCAGAAGAUCACAGACAUUCUCAAGAUGGAAGACGAUGUUGUCAUUGACUACGUCAACAACCAACUAGAGGAAAAGUGUGCCGCCGACGCCGCCCGCCGCCGCCGCCAGCCGCCGCAGCGCGUCCCGCAACACUGUUUCGGAGGCCUUAGCAUUCUCAGUCGGUAUUUACGGGGAAAUUAAAUACUAAAAACAAUGUUAACUCAUUAAAGAGAAUUAUGCUGUGGACAACCAAGACUCGAAUGUAAUAUGACACUCUGAGGCCCUCAGAGAAAGAUUUGACUCGGCGUAGGGAAGUCUCAGUUAGGCUUUGUGUUCAGCAUAAUGUGGUUUUGUCGCAAAACCCUUACAGGUGCAAGGAAUUGAAGAAAGAAGUGUGAACAUGGCGUCGCGUGCGUCGAAGCGGCGGCAGCGGAGCUCGCAGCGUGCGUCUGCGCAGCGUAGCGACGCCGCGGCCAUCAACCGCGCUGCCUUCGUCUUGCAGCCGACACCGUCGCGCCACCCGCACAUUAAUACCAUGUAUUGAUAUUAUAAUGUUUGCUUCCCUACCCGAGUCAUUUCUGUGUUGUUAUUUACUAUGUUACAUUUAAAAAAAAUAUUUACUGUGCGACGCUCUGAACGCCUCACUGAGUUGUUUUGUUUCACGAAUCGGCUUAACACAAGUCUGAAUUAGAAUGAUUCAUGUUACAGAUCAGUAUAUGGUGGAUCAUGUAACUUGAAAGUUAUUUCAGGGCUGUAAAAAUGAACAAAUCACUAAUGAAGUAAUUUUCUCUUCCCCUUUUCCGUUUCCUCACCUCCCAGUUCCCAUGUCCAAAGAAGAUGCAGAUCAACUUGACUGGAUUCCUUAAUGGCAAGAACGCAAGACUCUUCAUGGGCGAACUUUGGGAGCUUCUGCUGAGCGCGCAGGCCAGCGAGAAUGGCAUCCCGGAAUCAUUCACGCAGCAGAAGAAAGAAGAGAUCAAGAAGAGAAUGGAAGAGCAACAGAAGGACAAGGACAAAGACAAGGAUCGUCGGCGGUCCCGCUCGCGCUCGCGGCGACGUUCACGCGACCGACGGCGCUCGCGUUCUCGCUCGCGCGAUCGUUCUACUGACAGGAAGCAUCGCAGUGGAGGCAGCCCGCGGCGCUCGAGGAGGCGCAGCCGCGACCGAAGCAGCCAGCCGAAGCCACCGCACGUGGACGAAAUCAAGCUACCAGAACCUAAAGAAAAUGGAAAGUCCCCUGAGAAGAAGACAGAUAACGUUGAAAUCAAGGAAGAAGUGAAUCACAAUUCAACGGCUGAAUCAAUCAAAGAUGAGUCAAAGCAAGAUGACUCAUUGAAGGAGAAAGUUGACGAUAAAGAAGCAAAGGUCAAAUCUAGAUCAGCGUCACCUAACAAGUCAGCUGUUGAAAAAGCAGAAGAGAAACCGGUGGAGAAAACUCGCAACUCGUCGAGCGAACGUCGUUCCUCAUCUGCAUCAUCCCGUGGGAGCGCAAAGAAGCGGUCUUCGCACAAGAAGCGGCAGUACCGCUCCAACCGCGACUCCUCCGCCAGCGGCAGCCCGCGCCGCAGUUCCCGCAGAGAGAGGAGUAAGUCGCGACGUCGCAGCAGCCGGCCGCGGCGUUCGGUGGAGCGGCGCGAGCGGGAGCGCGAGAGGGAGAGAGAACGCGAGCGCGAGCGCGAGCGACGCCGCCGAGAGCGAGAGAGACGAGAGAGGUCGCGAGAACGUCGCCGAUCGCUUGAAAGACGUAGACGUUCGCAUUCACGCUCUCGACGACGUUCAAGAGACAGGUCUCGUGACCGCGGUCGCCGUUCGCGGUCGCGCAGGCGCUCGCGCUCGCGGCACCGCUCCGGCCGCCCCUCCAGGGAACGCCGUUCCCGGGACAGACGCUCCAGGGAGAGAACCAGCAGGGACAAGAGGUCGAGGGAUCGGUCCGGGAAGGAAGUAAGAAGAUCGAGGGACAGGAAAUCACGGGACAGGAGGUCGAGCGAUCUAAUUAAGGAGCGUUUGGAGAAGUCCGUCUCCAUACCGCGUAAAGAAAAUAUCGAAAAACUGCGGAAGAAGUCACCUGAACGAAUAUCCAUCCCUCGGGAACGAUCCAAGGAACGUGUGGCGUCUAGUUCUAGCAGGGAGUCGUCCGUUGUUCAAGAAAAACCUGCACCUCCGAAUGAAAUUCAGACAACCAAAGUUCAAUCAUCAGAUGACGAAGAGAGAGAUGAUUUCAUUGCGGUUCCAGUGUUACGCGAAUAUUCCAAGAGUUUGUCUCGCACUCCGUCUCCUUUCCUAAGAAAACAUGAAAUAGAAAACAAUAAGAAAUCUGACAGAUCGGGAGACGACGCUUCUGGCAAAGAACAUAACGAAGAAGAGACUAAGGUUCCUGAAGUGAAGAAAGCAAAACGCAAAGGAAAGCGCUCUGAAUCCGAAAGCGAGAGCAGCGAAGAAGUGGCUAAAUCGAAAAGCAAAUCUAAACCUAAACGCAAAGAAAAACCUACUACAAAGAGAUCGAAGAAAGCUAAAAAAGAGACUUCGUCUAGCGACAGUGAUUCUGAAGAUUCUUCGUCGAGCGAUUCUGAAGAAGAUCGCAAAAAGAAAAGCAAAAAGAAUGCUAAGAAGAAGUUGGCAAAGAAGUCGCGGAAGAAGAGGGCGAGAUCUUCAAGUUCGGAAUCGAGUUCGGAGGAAGAAGUUAAGCGUAAGAGCUCUAAAGCCAAACAGAAAGGUAUGCCAGAGGACUCUGACACUGAAAAGAAAUCCAAAAAACGAUCUAAAGAUACUACUUUGGAUCGUCCGAGACUGGAGAAAAAUGAAAGUAAACAGGUCAAAACAAAGAAGAUCGAUAAUUCCGAAGACUCGCAUGAUGAUAGUUCAGAUACUGACGAGAAGUCAAAUAAAAAGAAAGCGAAGCACGAUUCUACUUCUUCAGAAAAAGAAGUCAGACGUAAGAAGGUUGAUCUUGUCAAGGAAAAGGUGGGAUCACCAGAAGUUUCUAAACCACGAAAAGGAGAGGAGAAAUCGUCGAAAAUAAAACACGCGGAUGAGUCGAAGUCAAAAACCCGUGACGAAAAUGAGAAGAAAGCCAAGAAAAGAGAAAAAGAAGACUCAUCUUCUGAUAGCGACCAGGUGGCAAAGAAAAAGCCUAGAAAGAAAGUUUCAGAAUCCGAAUCAGAUUCAGACAGCGAUGAACCUAAAAAGUCCAAAAAGGCAAAGAAGCAUAAGAAGCAUUCAAAGAAGCAUAAGAAACAUAAAAAACACAAGAAAUCGUCAAAACGCAAAGAUGAUUCCUCGGACAGUGACGAGGCUGAGGAAGAAGAGGAAGAGGAAGGAAAAGUUAACAACGAGGAUUUAGAAAAGAAACUCCGAGAAAGAGCUUUAAAGUCUAUGAAAAAGCAGACGAGCGCAUCCGGCUCUGACUAGUGGUUGUUUACAUUUUAGGAUCAAUGCAUACGGUCUGCAUUUAGACUGCAUACCAACUGCAAAAUUGCAGCUUGGAUGCUGUUUAAUUCAGUGGACUUAACUGCUCAAACCGUAUCCAAACUGCAAUUUUGCGGUUAGCUUGCAGUCCAAACUAUCUGCAUAGACCCUAAAAGAUCGAUUUAUUUUUCCUUCAUCAAUUUUAAUGAGUAAGCCACCGUUCUACAAAUUUAUAGAGGAUGCAUUCAACUGUGACGAUUCUGAUUGAUUCUGUUUGAACACUCCACACAUUUAAGUAGUGAUCGCGAUGAAAACAUUUUGAUUUUAUUCUAUGCAACAGUUUUAAUGAAAUAGGAUGUUUAAGAUAACAAUAUGUCUUUAUUAGUAAUAAAAAUUUUCUUAAAUAUU